GAGACAGCGCAGAGAGAGAGAGGGGGAAAGAGCUACACGGGGAGAGAAGGAAUCCACUGGGAUAUAUACACAUACGGGGAGAGGUACAGAGAGAGAGAGAGAGAGACGAAGACACCGACAGACACGAGAAGCGAGAGCGAGGAGGAGACAGACGGGGAGAAAGGUAUUAACAUCGGGAAAUCAAAACACGUGGAGAUAGAUAAACACGCAGAGAGAGGGAGACGGGGGAAGAGACAUAUAACCAAGAGAUAAUAGGAGUGGGGUCGUUGCGAUUGCAUAGACCAGCGCACAUCAGGAGCGUACGCAAAAUCAUCAUCAGCAGCAGCAGCAAGAACAGUAGCAGUGGUAGCAUCACAUGCAGUAACGGCAAAAAUCAUCAUCAUCAGCAGCAACGGCAGCAGCAGCAACUAGAGCAACGAAAAAAAAUCAUCAACGGCAGCAGCAAGUGGAACGCGAGACUCGCAGACACAAUCAAUCAACGGCCACGCGGUUCAUCAUGUCUUCUCUGAUGAUCUCCCUCCAUCUCAUGCUGCUGCUACUGCUGCUACUCGUCACGUCAAUCAGCUCGCAGCAACAGCAGCAUCAACAGCAGCAACAACAGCAGCAGCAGCACGACCUCGGCCACUCGCGUUUCGUGUGCACCGCCAUCCCCGCCGACGUGGACGCGGCGUGCCCGCUGCCCGCGUUGUCGGGACUCUCGUCGGGCGCGAGCGACGAGGCGCGCACAGGGGUCCUGGAGCUUCGCGAGACGGUGCUGCGCCAGAAAGAGACCAUUCUCGAGCAACGGGAGAGCAUCAGGGACCUCACCACCAAACUCCAGCGAUGUGAAGGCACGGACACGCUCGCUUCCUCGUCGUCGUCGUCCAAGCACAUGCACGCGCGCCUCCCCGGAGCGAAACAGGCGCCGGGCAAGUGGCGAGACACGAUGGGCGACCUGCCCCGUGACCCCGGGGAGGUGAUCGAGCAGCUGGGCAGGACGGUGCAGUCGCUCAAGGAUCGGUUGGAGAGUCUGGAGCAGAAGCACCGCGCUAACUCAACGCGCCCGCAGGGCUCCACUGGCGGUGUCGGUGCCGGCGGCGGCGGCGGCGGCGUUGGUGGUAGCGCCCACUCGCUGCGGGAGUUCCUGCACGAACGUCUGGGCGACGUGGGGAAACAUCUGCACGGCGAGGGAGGAGCAGCAGGAGGAGGAGACGGGGAGGGCGGAGGUCAUCACAACGAUAGCGACGGGCACCCUCACCACCACCAGCAGCAGCAGCAGCAGAGGAUACGGCCAGAGUCCACUCUCACCUCCGUGCAUCGCCUGCCGAAUUUGGACAAAAUCGGGCCCCCCCCAAUCCACCACGCGCCCGACGACUUCAAGGUGAUGUUCCCGGCGCGCACCAACUACAUGUUUGUGCGCGCCAAGCGCUCGCUGCCCGAGCUGCAUGCGUUCACCAUCUGCCUGUGGCUGCGAUCGGGGGGCCCCAGCUCUGGGACCCCCUUCUCCUACGCCGUGGACGACCAGCCCAACGAGCUGGCGCUCAUGGAGUGGGGAAACAACCCCAUGGAGCUCAUCAUCAACGACAAGAUCGCGCGGCUGCCCGUCAGCGUGAGCGACGGCCGCUGGCACCACCUGUGCGUCACGUGGAGCACUCGCGACGGCGUCUGGAAGGCGUUCCAGAACGGCGCCUACCGCGGCACCGGCGAAAACCUCGCGCCCUGGAGGCCCAUAAAGGCCGGCGGCGUCCUCAUCCUGGGCCAGGAGCAGGAUGUGGUGGGCGGAAACUUCGACGCGACGCAGGCGUUCCUGGGCGAGAUGGCGCAGUUCAACGUGUGGGAUCGCGAGCUGCUGCCAGACGAAAUCAUGGAGCUGGCCACGUGCUCGCGCUCCUUUUCGGGGAAUGUCGUCGCCUGGACCGAGGACGCCAUCGACGUCCACGGAGGCCUCACCCACCACCCGUUCGGCCGCUGCUCCUCCGUGCUCUCCAACUUCUGACCCUACGACGACGACCUUUGACAAUGGCCCAUUGGUGAUGACCCUUGAUGAUGCCCUUUGAUGAUGACCUUUGAUAAUGACCCAUCACAUUGACCCUCGAUUAUGACCUUUGAUGAUGAUCAGCUCUGCUAAUAACCUUUGAUAAUGACCCCCGAUGAUGGCCUUUGGUAAUGACCUUUGAUGAUGACCUUUGAUGACGACCAAUCAGAAUCGUCAUUUAGACUGCACGAGGAAUCCGAUGAGAUGCAAAGCUCUUUUUGUCACAGAUGUCCAGUAGGAGAAUGACCUGUUGAUAAUGACCUUUGACCCUGACAAUCGACGUUCAUGGAGGCCCCCGGCCCGCUCGGACGCUGCUCCGCAAGGCUGUCCUAACCCUUAAUGCUGACCUUUCACGAUGACCUUUGAUGACCUUUUGACGAGCACCUCUUGAGCUGACGUUCGAUGGCCUCCACUGCUGAUCUCUGAUGCUCACCUCCAAAGUUGACCUUUGGCAUUCUUACUCUCGAUAACGCCCUCCGAUACCGACGAUGAACGCUAACCGGUAGAGCUGACCCUUGCGGGUAACCAUUGACAACUUCGAUCGUGACCCACCACAAUAGGGCGCUGACCUCCUGAGCUCGACGCUGAGCCACGCGACCUUAACAUCGAGUCCUCACCGUCGUCCCGACCUCCGCCCCCGGACUUGAACCCCGUGAGCCUGACCAUGCCCACCACUGCACCCGCCAUAAUUUUGACGCCGACCUCAGCCUCAACUUUGACAUCUACCCCCCCCCCCCAAUUGACCGUGACCUUGACCUCGACAUUUCCCCCACCCCCUCAACCCGCCCACAUUUUUUCACACUGAACUCGACCAGACCCUGACCCUGAACUGACCUGACCUUGCCACAGAACGCCCCACCAACACCCCCCCCCCCCCCACCACCUCCACGCCGGCAUCGGUUACAACCCUGACUCGCAACCCUGACCCCCUGACCUCGACGUCACCCUCGACCUCAACUCCCACCGCAACAACUCUUCCUCACCGACCGGGGCGGUGACGACGCCGUUGGGUUCGCCCUCCCGCCCUCGUCUCACGACUCCCCCGGCGCGGGGAGGCUCCCUCGCUACGCUGGGACGUCGCGCGCCCCAGGAGUCCCGGACGACGAUCGCCCGCUCGAUCGCGGUUAGGGAAAACACCGGCAGUGUGUAUGCGCGCAUGUGUGUGUGCGCGUGUAUGCGCAUGUAUGCGCGUACGUACGGUUGAACUUUCUUUCGUUCGCACCGCACGUAGCCAACGGCGCCAAUCGGAGGUAGCGGUGGUAGCGGAUAACGCGCAAGCGUCCCUUAACGACUCGGGGGUCAGCGGCCCACUUGCUGUGCUGCUGCCGCUGCCGCCGGAUGGCGCCGCCGAAUGUUUGGUUUUCCCGCGCGCCGCACGUCGUCGUCGUCUUUUGCAACGUUCCACCAACGUCCGGCACCGUUGAGUUUGGAGAGAGAUGUUUGGGUGGAGGGGGGGUGGAGGUGCCGGGCGCGGAGGAACUUCUCAAACGACGCGACGACUGUUCAGGCCGCUCGCUUGCAAGCGACAGAUUUAUUUCUUUUUUUUUCUUUUUUUCUUUCCCCGGGCAGCCCCAGCGGCAUUCGUUUAAGGGAGCCAAAGCCCUGCUGAUGAGACUCGGUCCGAGUGCUCAUACCCCACCCUCGUUUCAUAUUUACAGAGCUCGCGCGCGCCUUGAGCUCAAGGCGCGCGCGCUCUCUGUAACGUAGUUGCACAACAAAAAACGUGAACAAACGAAUCGAGUGAUCGGGAUGCAAGGGCCGAGUGAAUGAGCGGCCGUAACAGAGGGCGCACGAUAGGGCUAUAGGGGAGGGACGGGAAGGAGCGGAGGGGCGAGGGGCGAGGAAAGAUGGAAGGCCAGGGCAAUGGAGAAGAGGCAAUGGGGGCCGACUCACCGACUCACCGACUCACCGACACACCGACACACCGACACACCGACUCACAGACACACCGACUCACCGACUCACCAACACACCGACUCACCGACUCACCGUCCCACCGCUUUGUCUCCCAAUUAAACAAAUGCCGCUGGUACCAACGCCGACGUCGCUGAGAUGCCACGUGGUCGACCGCGUGGCAUUGUGGAGCGACGAACAACGCGCGGACGGACGAUUGUUUGUUUCAUUUCGGUCGGCGCGGCGUCCGACGUUUCGCCCCGCCCCCCCCGGCGCUGCUGCGGGGGGCGGUAAACGCGGACGGGGGAAACGCCGGGCGCUCGCCUGCCCAACGACACGGAGCGCGUCGGCAGAGCGAGAGCGCGCCGUGGAGCGCACGCCGGGGGGUUGCGUUCGGAGCCACCGGGUGUCCGUUCCGUUGUGUCACCGGACAUCCGUACACGCGGCGAUUUAUCUAUUGAUUUAAUAGUUAUUUAUUUAUCUGUUUACUUAUCUAUUUAUUUACCUAUUUAUUUAUCUAUUUAUUCCCGUUCAUUUGUGAAUUUAUUUCGCUCAUUCCGGGAAUCGCCGCCGCGGUGAAAUGGUCAGCGCCACUCAGAAUCAGAAUAUUGAUUUACACCGGAGGAAGCUAUAAAGCUCUUUUUCCACAGAUGUCCGGUCGGGACCGGCUUGCGACCCCCCCCCCUCCCCCCCCGGGGUUUCGUGCGGGGUUCGUGAGUCGAUCUCCCGGCGCGGCAGUUGAGACGAUGGCGCGUCACCGCCUCCGUUCAGCCGGCGGCAUGAGCGGAUGGGUUCGCCGCGGUUUGUCGCGCGGGUCGGGGCAAAAGUGUGGGUCACUCCCCACCUCCUUUGUCUACCCCCCCCUCCUCCUCCCCCUUACGUGGAAACGUCCG